AAGAAACUUCUAACCUGUACAUCCUGCACAGAUCAAUUUUAAAUUGUCUGCACAUAUUGUGUACACAAACGAAGGAAAAAUAAGUGUGGCAAGAUAACAAGUACAAAAAAUACUUUUAAAUAUGAAUUCUCCGUGUAGUCAGAAAAUGAUUGCACUAAGGGAAAGAAAUCGUGUACUUCUUGAUCAGCUUGAGUCAAACUCCAUUCUGCUAGAACGUAGAUUGAAAGAAUUAAAACGCGCUGCUAGGAUUUUGGUUACAGAAGUGCAAGGUGUUCAGAAAAAUCACAGCAAGCUCACCCACUAUCACCUUUAAAGAGGAAGUAUGAGUCUUGGAAAAGAAGAAAUUCCUCUAGUCAAGUAACAGCCACUCUGAAUGCAGCAGUAUACAGUGUCAGCUCUAGCAGUUCAGAUAGUCAGGAAUUGAAUGCAAAGCACAAACAAAUAAUGGAAGAUAUUACAUCACCAGCUAAACGUAGUAAGCAAAGCACCUUAAUUAGACCAAGGCACAGAGGCAAAGUAAUGCAACUUUGUGAAUGUCCAGUUAAAUCAUCCACUACAUUUGAUGUAAAAAACAGUGGAAAGGGUUCUGAAGAAUGUUACUGCAAAACAUCUGCUGGCAAGGAUGGAACACAUUCAAGUGUAACAUCACAGGAAAGCGAGGGAUCCAUCUCCCCAACACAUACUGACAGUGAUCAUCACAUAUGUAAGCAGUCUUCAGAACUACAUUCACCAAAAUAUAAUAUGAAUGAUGGGAAAAAAGACAAUGACCAAAAGAGGAGAACUUUAGAGUCAGCACAUGCAAUAAUUGAUUAUUCUCCACAAUCAAUAUUUCUCCAGAGAUUGAAGGAAAGAUUUCAGGCUGUUGGUGAUCUGGUUGCUCCAGCGAACAUAAGAACAACUUUGGCAAAGCCAAGGUCAGAGACAUCACCCAAGAAAUCCCAGUAUUCUGGCAGCACAGUACAAACUAAUCGAAUGAAACCUACGAAACCAAGUCCAGACAAGACAAAUCUAGAAAAGUUUACACCACUUAAGUUUCCUCCUUCUGCUAGACCCCACUUUAGCCAUGGCAGUCAUGAACUGAUCUCUGAUGGGAAUAAACAGAGCACCACUAAACAGGCUACACGUAGCCCAAGACAUGCAUAUAAGGGUGAGAUGAGGCAGAAGAAGAACAGGAAACGUGUCUGCUUCAGGAAAAAAUGUCACUGUCGUGUCCAGCAGAACAUCCAGUCCAAGAAAAGGUCCCCUAGUGCUACAAAAGAGAAUGCACAAGCAAACCCAGCAGAAAAGCUGGAACUUACCGGCCCAGGGGACUUCCCAUCAAGCCCCUGUGCCUGUUUUUGUGAUGGCAGUGCAAAGCAGAUGCUCCGCCCCAAGACCCCACUGAUAGUGAGUGGUGAAGUGGAAGGCCUGGUGGACAAUGGACAUGAUAAGAAACAUAUGCAACCUCAAUGUUGCUGCGGACGAAGAUCAAGAUGGUUUGAUGAGUUGAAUGAGUUCCGACAGUCACACUGGUUUGAUUGCCAUGCUUAUCCACAUCCAGACUCUGCUAGAAACUUCGAAAGAGGAGCUACUCAUCCCACAGGCCAUAAAUGUGUUCACGAGUAUGAUCUAGAUGACAGAUUGUUUGCCAGACCAUUAUAUCCAGACCAUGAAAAUAGCAGCCGCUGCACAGUAUGUCAUCUGCCGUACAGCACAUCUAAGUCAAGAACAAGAGAAACGCCUGCAAUUACACUACGAUCAACGCUACAGAAUCCAGAGUUUCAGGUAUCGAUACCUUCUGGAUCACCUCGUGGCGUGAGACCUUCGGUUUCAGGAAAUGUUUUGUCUCACAAGAAAAUGACGCACGCUCCUGGUAGAGGGAGAACAACGUCGCGGCCGAGUCAUUUUACGCGUACUCUGGGAGAUUUAAAACCGCGAGCACCAGUACCUGCUGAUUCGUUGGCGCUUCGUUACCAAAAGGGUGUUGCAAAAUAAUCUCUACCUAUUAUUUCUGAUGUGAGCGUUACAGUAGGUUAGGCUAGCACAAUUAAUCUUCAGGAUGUGAGGUUACGAGGGGAAUUUAUACUUGCAUUUUUUAGACAGAUAACAAAUUUUAGGUGAUCUCUGUGUAUAUAAUUAAUUUUUAACCCUAUUUUACUAACCAAACAAAGGAAUUGUGUUUUUAAAAUGUUAAUGUAAAAUAUUUUACCGAGAGAAGGAAAGAACAAAGAAAAACAAUGAUUGUAGACAAACAUGAGACAUUUCAAAUAAACUCUGAAUGUAAUUACAAUUUUCCACUAUGCGAACGAGAUAUUUUGAUCAAAAGCUCGGACUGCGUAUUCUCUAAAUAUUUUGACAUUUUAAAAUGAAUUCUCAUGACACUUCAAGCUAGGUAUUUGUGAUUUUUAUCACUGAAAGUUAUAAAUUUUGCUGACUUUGGAGAAUAAUAAUUAAUGGUAAUGUAUUACGUAAAAGAAGAAAUACUGCAUAUUGGUUGCAAUUAUUGUUUUUGUUUGUUAUUUAUGAGCACUGGUCUUCAGUAUGUUAAUGGAUUAAAAUGUUUAACCUGUGACUAAUACACCUUAGAUAUCUCAAUCUAGCGGAGACUAUAGCGGGAUAUCCUGGUCCGCAACUUAUACGCAUAUUUUUGAAUUUUUACGAUAUCUAUGCCGUCAGCGGUAAAUCGUUGAUACUCUGCCAGGUUUUACGAACGUAUGGAAGUAUUUCAUGCCUUCCAAAAUAUAGGAGUCGUCAACCUGAGAAAUAUUUGGCAGUUAAUAUGUUAAGACUCGUAUAGUUGACACGUCAAUUAUAAGUUGGCAAAAUUCUGGUUUUAAGUACAGUACAGUGUGUGUGAGAUCGAGCUUUAUUUCUCUCAUACACAUCCUCAAAUUUUUGCUCUUAUAGAUUCAUUAUCUAGAAGUGCCUACAGUAGGACGUGUUAGACAUCAUUUUCACGCAAUGUAUUUUAACGCAGUUUUUUUAAUUUGAAAAGAUUGUGAAUCAAUUAUGUGUUUGUAAGUGUGUAUGAAAUUAUGCAUUAUAACUUAGUAUUCAUGUGUACAAACUUUAUUUUUUAUAUUAGUGGUUGCAGGAAACUACCCUUUUUUUAAAAAAAAACAACAUUAAAUUGGUAAUCGGUCAAAUGUCUGUAGCUUUCAACUGUUACCCAUAAAGGAACUAAUCAGAUUUCGUCUGUCACAGUAAUAACUGCUAAAAAGUAAAUACACUGAGAGAAAACUGUGUUUUUAAGACAGUUGUUAGCCGGACGCAAGACGCACUGGUUUUAUGUUCGUUAAUAUAAACCAUUAUCCUUUUAUUAUACAAGAAGAUAUUUAAUGUGUGAAAUAUAAAUUUAUUGUUGUAUGAAUAUUGUGUAUUAUUUUCGUAAAUAAAUAAAUAUAUAUGUGAAA